UUUAUUUUUUUUAAUUUAUUAUUUUAAAAACAAUAACAGUAAUAAAGAAGUGCGCUAUUUUUUUGGAUUAAAUGAUACCGACAAAACUUUUCAUUAAUUUAACAUUCUAUAAUUUUUUAUAUCGUAAUGCUCAUCAACAAUCCAAGAUAUUUAUGACAGAUUUAUCACUGAGACAGUUUGUUGGCAGACAUAGAUGUUUAUCAGGAGUUGAAGCCCCCAACUAUUCGACCUGCAACCACAAUUAUAGUUAUAGUAAUAAUAAUAGUAAUUUAUUGAACGACGGUAAAGAAAAUAAGUUUAAGGCUAAUUAUAAUAAAACUAAUAAAAACCGUGUAAAAAUGGAAUCUCAUGAUCAAGUUGUAAUUGAAGGCGAGAAUACUUGUCCGGUACCUGACGCAACAGCUGAAAUUCCCAAGGAGUGCAGCCAAGAUAUGAUGGAGGAUUUCCGAAAAUUACCACAUAAAUUUCGCUACGGUAUGACGCACAAAAGGUACAAAGAAUUGCGACCCUGGAAAUUUGUUUCUUCAGAGUCAGAGUCAAUAAAUUCAGAGACAGAAUUUUCAUUCAAAAUAUUGUCUUUUAAUAUCCUCGCACAAAAUUUAUUAGAAUCUCAUAAUUAUUUAUAUAAUAAUCAUCAUAAAGUAGCACUAAAAUGGGAUGUAAGGAAACUAUUAGUUCAAAAAGAGAUACUUGAAUCAGAAGCUAAUGUGAUAUGCAUACAAGAAAUGCAAAUGGAGCAUUUAGAAGAAUUCCUGGUACCGUUCGUAGAACAAGGAUUCGAUUAUUUGUAUAAAAAACGGACAAAUGACACUCGAGACGGGCUGCUACUCCUGUACCAGCCGAGUUUAUUCAAACUGAAAGACUAUGUCUACGUGGAGUACCAUCAAACAAGUGAAGAUAUCCUCAAUCGCGACAAUGUUGGUAUUGUCGUUAAAUUCUCUCUCACGGAAAGUCCUGAUUCUUGUAUCGUUAUUUCUACUACUCAUCUUCUCUACAAUCCCAAGAGAAAUGAUGUUAGAUUGGCGCAGACGCAGAUUUUGUUCGCUGAGGUUGACAGGAUUGCAUUUGUCAGAAACACUGCAAAUGGUCCAGAAUAUCAUCCAAUAAUUGUCUGUGGUGAUUUUAAUCUUCAACCAUUUACUGGAGUUUAUAAAUUUAUUACCGAAGGGUCUUUUGAUUAUAUUGGAAAAGGACGUUCUUUAAAUGAACAUGGAUUUAGACGUUUGUCUAAUUCAUUGAUACCUUCUUCAUUACUUAUUACUGAUAAUUGUCAACAUUUUAAUGUAUUGACUAAAAGACUUCGUGGUUAUGGUGACGAAAAAAUAAUGCUGUAUCGAAAUGAAGAUCCAAACAGGCGUGUAAGAGAUUGCAAUGAUUGUACAAAUGAAGUAGACUGGGAAAGUCUGGACUACCAAAAAGUAAAAGUAGUAGACGGCCAGUUCGCCCAUUUUUCAUCUGGAGCAUUGCAACACUCACUAAAAUUGAACAGCGUAUAUAAACACCGGAACCAGCGAGGAGAGAUGGAGGCAACGACAAACCAAGGCGAGUGGAUCACCGUUGAUUACAUUUUUUACAAUAACGUAGAGCUGACAAGUCAGUAUCUUCUACCUACCGUCAGGGAUUGCGAAUCGUUGCCAAAUAUUCCCAACUUUGUCGUUGGCAGCGACCAUCUUUGUCUCGGCGCUACUUUCAAACUAAAAAAAAAGCCUAUUGCUAGAUAGUGAUCUUUAAUUUUAAUAUUUAUCUUCUUAUUUGGUUUGUUAUUU